AUGGAGGAGGUGGAGGACCGGUUCUUGCAGGGAGGGAGACAGCAGUUCGCCCCCGACCCUCUCCAGGGACAGGACUCAGGAUGGAGCCCUUCCGGAGAUGGCGGAGCGCAGAACCUCGAAGACUUCCCCCCAGGGCCGCCCCGGGCUGUCCUCGCUCUCAAGAGCCUUCCCCGGGGCUUGGCUCUUGGUCCCUCUCUCGCGAAGAAACGGCGCUUGGGGGUCUGGUGUGUCGGGGAGCCCUUGCAGCCGGGACUGCUCUGGGGGCCGCUGGAAGACGAGGGCGAGGGAGUGAGCAGACGGCGGGAGGAGGCGGCAUCACUAGGCCAGUGGAGAGACGUGUGUGCAUGUGAGCAGAGUUCAGGCUGGAUCAGUUUGGUGCAGCGGGGCAGGCUGGAGGAAGAGGGGAACGUGGCUCCUGUGCGGAUCAGUGGAAGACUACACCUGCAGGUGUGCUUGGCCGUGCUGCCAGGCUUUGAGCUGCUUCUGCGGCCUGGGUCCCCCUCUGCAGCCCUGAGCCCCAUCCAGCCUAAGCUAGAGGAGGAGGCAGCCAUGGCUGUGGUGACGGGUGUGGAGUCGGCUGCACAGUCGGCUGCACAACAGGAAGCGGCCUCUCCUGGGGCGGACGCAGCCGAGCCUUGCACAGAGCCUGGUCACGAGUCUACCCCCAGGUCCCAGGCAGAGCGCGUAGUCAGCCCUGAACGUAAGACCCAGACCCAGGACCUGCCUUCCCAGGACCUGCCUUCCCUUGUCUCAUUGCCUGAGGAUGACAGCACGGAUGAGGAGGACCGACCCGAGACACAGGUGCCACCUGACCCUCAAAGCAGCCCGGCUCCCUCAGAGCAGCCAGGCCCAGAAUGCCCUGAGGCCAGUUCCUCAUCUUCUGCCAGGGACACGGAGCCCCCUUACCUGACUAAGAGGCCGAGUAGGUCCGAUGAUCAGUGCCCCCCCGGAACAAAGACCUCAGAGCCCGAGGCCCUGCAGGCUGAUGAACACCAGCACCCCAGCUUCCCUGCAUGCUUGCAGAACGCUGCAGGCCUGACGGAGAACUCCCCAAAACAGGGGCGCCGGUACCAGUGUGGGGAGUGUGGCAAAGCCUUCCUGCAGCUGUGCCACCUGAAGAAGCACGCCUUCGUGCACACGGGCCACAAGCCCUUCCUUUGCACCGAGUGUGGCAAGAGCUAUAGCUCAGAGGAGAGCUUCAAAGCCCACAUGCUGGGCCACCGUGGGGUGCGGCCCUUCCCCUGCCCACAGUGUGACAAGGCCUAUGGCACCCGGCGGGACCUCAGAGAGCACCAGGUGGUUCAUUCAGGUGCCCGGCCUUUUGCUUGUGACCAGUGUGGCAAGGCCUUCGCCCGCCGGCCUUCCCUGCGGCUGCAUCGGAAGACCCACCAGCUGCCUGCCGCCCCCGCCCUGUGCCCGUGCCCCGUGUGUGGCCGUCCCCUGGCCAACCAGGGCUCCCUGCGGAACCACAUGCGGCUGCACACAGGGGAGAAGCCCUUCCUGUGCCCACACUGCGGCCGGGCGUUCCGCCAGCGGGGCAAUCUGCGGGGGCAUUUGCGGCUGCACACGGGGGAGCGUCCGUACCGCUGCCCGCACUGUGCUGACGCCUUCCCCCAGCUGCCUGAGCUGCGGCGCCACCUCAUCUCCCACACCGGGGAGGCCCACUUGUGCCCGGUGUGUGGGAAGGCCCUCCGAGACCCACACACCCUGCGUGCGCACGAGCGCCUGCACUCGGGGGAGAGGCCCUUCCCGUGCCCCCAGUGUGACCGCGCUUACACGCUGGCCACCAAGCUGAGGCGCCACCUCAAAUCCCACCUGGCGGACAAGCCCUAUCGCUGCCCCACCUGCGGCAUGGGCUACAGCCUCCCCCAGAGCCUCAAGCGGCACCAGCUCCGUCACCAGCCCGGGGCGCCCUCCGGCCCCUCCCACGCGCCGCCUCCUCCCGAGCCCACUGUGGUGCUCUUGCAGACCGAGCCAGAACUGCUGGACGUGGGCAGUGAGCAGGCCGGCUCCCCGGUGCAGGACGUCUUCGAGGUCGCCAUCUCCGAGAGCCAGGGCAGGUGCUUCGUGGUGCCGGAGGAGCCGGGCGCCCCCCGCAGUGUGGUGCUUCUCCAGAAGGACAGGGGCUUCAGCACCUGGGCGGAGGUGGUGGAGGUGGAGACGGGCACCUGACGCUCCUUCCCCAGGGCCACUCUGUGUAAAGACAGAUA